AUGUUGGCCAGAUCCAGCCUGCGAUCCGCGCGCAUUGCCGCCGCAGCUCGCAACACUGCAACCCGCCAGUCCACGCGCGCUGCCUCUUCCUCCUCCGGUGCCGAGUCUUCCCAAUGGGCAACCACCGCCACUGCCUCGGCUGCCACCGUCUUCGCUGUCGGUUCCGCCGCAUGGUACUACUACCAGUUCGGUCGUGAGGCCCACGCCAUGACUCCCGCCGAAGAGGGUCUUCACCCCACCAAGUACCCUUGGGAGCACGAGAAGCUCUACAAGACCUUCGACCACCAGGCUCUUCGCAGAGGUUUCCAAGUCUACCAAGAGGUCUGCGCUUCCUGCCACUCCCUCAAGCGCAUUGCCUACCGCAACCUUGUCGGUAACUUCAUGACCGUCGAUGAGGCCAAGGCCCUUGCCGAGGAGAACGAGUACGACACCGAGCCCAACGAUGAGGGUGAGAUCGAGAAGCGUCCCGGAAAGCUCUCCGACUACCUUCCCAGCCCCUACAAGAACGACGAGGCUGCCCGUGCUGCCAACAACGGUGCUCUUCCCCCGGAUCUUUCGCUCAUGGUCAAGGCCCGCCACGGUGGCUGCAACUACAUCUUCUCUCUUCUGACUGGUUACCCCGAGGAGCCCCCAGCUGGUGCUGUUGUCCAGGAGGGUCUCAACUUCAACCCUUACUUCCCCGGUACCGGUAUCGCCAUGGCCCGUGUCCUCUACGAUGGUCUCGUCGAGUACGACGACAAGACCCCCGCCACCACCUCGCAGAUGGCCAAGGAUGUUGUCGAGUUCUUGAACUGGACUGCCGAGCCCGAGAUGGACGACCGCAAGAAGAUGGGCUGGAAGGUUAUGGCCGUCGCCGGUACUCUCUUCGCUCUUUCCGUCUGGGUCAAGAGAUACAAGUGGACUGUCGUCAAGACCAGAAAGCUCGUGUACAACCCUCCCACCACCAAGGCCGUCCGCAACCCCUCAUCUCCUCGUGUUCAGACCCACACCGAGGGCCAAGGAUUCCUCAAAUAG